AUGUAUAUUGAUGACGAGGUCCCAUUCAAAUCGCCAUUGGCCUCAAGGGUGGUCAAAGCCAACUUAAGCGAGGCUAGGGAGAUCUUUGUUCAUGCACAACCUACGGUUACUGAUCGUAUUAAAAACUAUAUUGACAUACAGAACCUGUGCAUUGUUAAAACUGUAAAGAUAAGGCAAA